GAAGCUAAAACUUUUCUAGAAAUAAAGAAAAAAGAAACAAUGAAAUUCGAGAAUUGCUUUACUUCCGAUCUCUAUGUUUUAGCAGAGGAGAUUAAGAGAGAAACAUUUGAAUUGGAUAACUUUAAUAUGAAACCUUAUUCAUUUGUCUCUCCCUCGGCUUAUGACACAGCUUGGCUAGCCAUGAUCGAAGAUGUCGGUACCCAGACUCCGAUGUUUCAAGGUUGUGUAGACUGGAUUCUGAGCAAUCAGAACGUUGUAGAAGGAAUAUGGGGGAGGCACCAAGAUGACAAUGGAGAUGAAACUCUGACUUCGACAAUUGCUUGUGUUGUAGCACUUCGCAAAUGGAACAUUGGAAGUCUUCAUGUCCACAAAGGGAAGAGAUAUAUAGAAAGAAGUACGGAGAGGAUUCUUGGGAAAUAUAUCAACUCCAAUAAAAAGGGAUCUUGUCCUCGUUGGCUCGUUCUCAUGUUCACCGGACUCGUCGAGCUUUCUCAACAACUUGGCCUACAAUUUCUCUUCUCUACUCGAGUGAAGCAAAUGAUAAAUAACUUGUUCUUCCAACGCCAAGAGAUUUUCCACCGAGAAAAACUUGUGGAUGGCCAUUACCAACGGCAGUCUCUGCUUACGUAUCUAGAAGUAUUGCCAUCGACAUUUUACGCCGAAAAUCAAGAACACAUCGUUGAGAUACUUGGUGAUUCAGAUGGCUCUUUGUUUCAGUCACCCUCAGCAACUGCAGCAGCGUAUAUGCUUUCAGGCAAUACAAAGUGUCUGGCUUAUCUUCAAUCUCUUGUACAAAAAUGCCCACAUGGAGUGCCACAAAUUUACCCCCUGAGUGAAGAACUCAUCAAACUCACUAUGGUCAAUAUAAUGGAUAACUUUGGUUUAGGAGAGUACUUCGGUGAAGAGAUUGAUCGUUUUCUUCUUCAAAUUUACAAGAGCCACGAAAAGGAGGAUGUCGAGAAAAUGCCCAUAUGUUCAAAAGUAGAUCAGUUGCAUAAAGCCUCUCUCGAGUUUCGAAUGCUGAGAAUGAACGGCUACGAUGUUUUGCCCAGGAGCUUUUGCUGGUUCCUGAAUGACGAAGAAAUCCGAGAUCAUCUAGAGACAAACAUUGAAUGUUUAUUCUUUGUAAUGUUAAGUGUUUACAGAGCAACUGAUCUCAUCUUUCCAGGAGAGUGUGAACUCGAAGAAGCUAGAGAGUUUUCUCGGAAAUUACUCGACAAAAGUCAAUUUAUCGAUGAACAAAUUGUGCCUACUUUUCACAUUAAACAUGAAAUAAGUACUCCAUGGAUGACUCGACUCAAACAUCUUGACCAUAGGAUGUGGAUUGAGGACAAGGACUCAAAUGCUUUCUCAAUUGGAAAAGCCUCUUUGAUCAGUAUAUAUAGCGACAAGCUUACUCAUCUUGCUCUGAGAAAUUUCGAACUUCGACAAGCUAUAUAUCGACAUGAGAUGGAGGACCUGAUGACGUGGGUGAAGAAAUCAGGACUUAACGAUAUCGGAUUCGGAAGAGAGAAGACAACAUAUUGCUAUUUUGCAGCUUCAUCAAGCACCUCAUUACCUAUUAAAACCGCAACUAAUAUUCGUAAGCUUAUGGCAAAGAGUGGGAUCCUUAUUACAGUUGCUGAUGAUUUCUUCGACGAAGAAGGUUCUUUUGAUGAAUUGGAAGCGCUUACUAAAGCUGUUAUAAGAUGGGAAGGAGAAGAGCUUAAAGGUUACGGCAAUAUCAUAUUCAAAGCACUUGAUGACCUCGUAAAAGUGACUGCUGAAACUUGCCUUAAGGGUCACGGAACUGACAUAACAAACCAUCUACGCAACAUUUGGAGCGAAACAUUUGAGUCGUGGCUACGUGAAGCCAAAUGGAGUAAGAAGGGAUACAUACCAUCGAUGGAAGAAUAUCUUCGAAAUGGAAUGAUCUCAAUCGCAACACACACCAUUGUUCUUCCUACUUUGUGUCUUAUGGAAUCUUGUUUUCCCGAACACAAACUAAAACGCGGAAAUUAUGAUAACAUAACAACAUUGCUCAUGACCAUUACCCGACUCCUGAACGAUCUACAGAGUUACCAGAAGGAACAAGAGCAAGGCAAGAUCAACUCCGUUCUGCUCCACAUGAAAAGUCAUUGUGGUUUGGAGAUAGAGGAUUCGGUUGCUUGUAUUGAAAAGAUCAUUGAUUUGAAGAGGAAAGAAUUUAUGGAGCAUGUCUUAAGGAAUAAAUUCAGUGAUUUGUCUAAACCAUGCAAAGAUAUUCACAUGUCUUUAUGCAAAGUUUUUGAGAUGUUCUUCAACAAAAAGAAUCGUUAUGAUUCGGAUACGGAGAUGCUUGAAGACAUUAAGAAGGCUCUUUACGAUCCCAUCAACAUUCGUAAAUAAAUCCUCCGAGAAUUAUCCAACGUUCUAGUGAAUUUCUUAAUCUGAAUUUAUGUAUGCAUUACUAAAUAGUCAUCAUGUAA